UUGACCAAUGGAAGUAUUCAUCAAAAGUGGUGCGAGCCUACAAAAUGGCCGCGUCCAUGAGAAUGAAAACACAAGCAUGCUGCUUGUAUCGUAUACCGUCAUUACUGACACGCGAAGCAUCAAAAUCACAUUUAAGGAGCUGUUCCUCAAAAGUUAAACAAGCACGGCACAUCAAACCUGGAGAGUGUUGUGUGGAUCCGGAUGUUGCUAAACCUAUGACAAAGGGUGGCAUUAGUUUCAAAACUCACCCUGGGAUAAUGACUCUGAGGCCAGUCAAGAUGCCAGAGAAGCUGAGCACCACCAUCAAGAAAGUUAUUGACACCUUUCCUGUACAGAACCUGAACAAGCGGAGUGAAAAGCUGAACAACUACCUGCACUCCCGACAUCCCCCAACAGAGCAAGACACUCUCACUCGACUGGCCCAGGAAAUACAAAAUAACAUUAAAGAAAAGGAUAAAGUUGACACCUCCACCAUGUCCCCCGAGGAACAGAAGCAGUAUGAGAAGAAGAUCAGUCUCCAGGUCUUGAAGAGGCUUCGCUAUACCCAGUACCACUGGGUGCCCCUCAAAUUUGAUGCCCCUACAUGUAUGACAUAUCUGUACAGUCGGAUGGCACACAACUACAGCGUCAUGAUGAAGUGUUUUACUGAGAUAUCUCGGAGAGAUCCUGAGUACAGCCCUAAAUCCAUGUUUGACUUUGGUUCUGGCCUGGCUUCCUCCGUCUGGGCUGGAAACAGAGUGUGGGGACCGAACAUUUAUGAAUACUAUUGCGUCGACCCAUCCCAAGAUAUGAACACAUUGGCCAGACUUCUGUUGCAAGGAGGUGAAGAGAAGAAAGACAUGACAAUCAGUGGCGUGUAUUUCCGUCAGUUCCUGCCAUCUCAAAAACAGAACUCCUUCAACAUCGUGACCAGCUCCUACACUCUGCUGGAACUCCCCAGUCGAGAGAAGAGACUCGAGACUCUACUGUCCCUGUGGCAGAUGACCGACGAUUUCCUGGUACUUGUGGAAAAUGGCAGUAAGGCAGGUUUUCAAUUGAUCGACGAGGCUAAAGAGUAUCUGCUUCAAUUUUCUGAAGAACAUGAUGAACUAGAGGGUCAUGUUUUUGCACCUUGUCCCCACGAGAAGGCAUGUCCCAAACUGGCAGAAAGAAACAGCCCCUGCAUGUUUGGUGUCACCUACAAGCCCCUCGACAUGUCACCACAAGGUACUGAAGCUAAGCAGACGUCAAGAUACAGCUAUGUGAUCCUGAGGAAAGGCAAGAGGAAGCACGAUGCAGCAUGGCCUCGUGUGAUCCAGGAAGUUGUCCGGGCAUCCAAGCAUGUCCACUGUCACCUGUGCUGGCCGGAUGGCAAACUCAGCCACGAUAUCCUCACCGCCAGGAAACAUGGAAAGGACGUGUACAGCUGUGUGCGAGCCUCCAACUGGGGAGACCUGUUUCCUAUCCACCUGAAGGACGGCAGCACCGGUGACACCUGUGACACCGACACAAACCCCGGCGGUGGUGACACAGACGGUAUGGAAGGAGAGACUGCAGAUGUGUGCGACGACUCCAGUGCCAAACCGGGGAUUGUUGAUUCUGGAAGCUAUUCUGAGGACAGGCUUCAGAAUGUGACUUUAAACAAGUGCAGUGAGACAUUCGUGUCUGAAUCCUGGAGGGAGACGGUGAGGACAGAGACAACAAGGAAGCCCACGUGGAGGGUGCCUGUCAGACUGUUCUCAUCACCAACAUAGCGUUGUAUAUCUCGAGGAUGCCUACGUGGAGGGUGCCUGUCAGACUGUUCUCAUCACCAACAUAGCGUUGUAUAUCUCGAGGAUGCCUACGUGGAGGGUGCCUGUCAGACUGUUCUCAUCACCAACAUAGCGUUGUAUAUCCCGAGGAUGCCCACGUGGAGGGUGCCUGUCAGACUGUUCUCAUCACCAACAUAGCGUUGUAUAUCCCGAGGAUGCCCACGUGGAGGGUGCCUGUCAGACUGUUCUCAUCACCAACAUAGCGUUGUAUAUCCCGAGGAUGCCUACGUGGAGGGUGCCUGUCAGACUGUUCUCAUCACCAACAUAGCGUUGUAUAUCUCGAGGAUGCCUACGUGGAGGGUGCCUGUCAGACUGUUCUCAUCACCAACAUAGCGUUGUAUAUCUCGAGGAUGCCUACGUGGAGGGUGCCUGUUAGACUGUUCUCAUCACCAACAUAGCGUUGUAUAUCUCGAGGAUGCCUACGUGGAGGGCGCCUGUCAGACUGUUCUCAUCACCAACAUAGCGUUGUAUACCCCGAGGAUGCCUACGUGGAGGGUGCCUGUCAGACUGUUCUCAUCACCAACAUAGUGUUGUAUACCCCGAGGAUGUCCUAAAAGGAAAUGGUCAAACAUGGUGCUAAUCAACGACAUUAUUGUGAUCAUUAUGCAAGCCCCAUUGAUCUGGGUACAACCGGACACAGUGCUUGUUAUUGUAUUUGAUGGAAAUGGGUGAUAAGCGAGGUUGCGUCCUACAAGUAUCAGUUCACGCUAGUGUCUGGUGGCCUCCUGUGAGAAAAGACUUGCUGUCAUCAGUAGAGGCUGAACAGAUAUGUCAUCCUACCCAAGGUCAUUCAUCAGUACUAGUGCUGCAUCCAAUGCUUGUCUUCUCCAGUUCUGGUGAAAGACUAACUUACCAUUAUGGUAUUGCUGUCAUAUGAUAAACUUUGUGUGAUUGGUCGACCAGUGUGAUAUAACUGUAUGAUUGGUCGACCAGUGUGAUAUAACUGUAUGAUUGGUAGACCAGUGUGAUAUAACUGUAUGAUUGGUAGACCAGUGUGAUAUGACUGUAACAUUGGUAGACCAAUGCGAAAUACGGUAACUAUAUUUGGUAGAUCAGCGUGAUACAGCUGUAUCAGUGGUAGUCCAGUGUGAUAGAACUGUAUCAUUGGUAGACCAGUGUGAUAGAACUGUAUCAGUGGUAGUCCAGUGUGAUAGAACUGUAUCAUUGGUAGACCAGUGUGAUAGAACUGUAUCAUUGGUAGUCCAGUGUGAUAGAACUGCAUCAUUGGUAGACCAGUGUGAUAAAGCUGUAAAAUUAGCAGAUUGUUGUGAUUUACCUACAGGUCUAGUCGCCGACACAAAAGGCCAUUCACUGAUACAUAGAAUAAGAAGGGAAGUUUGCCCUUGCUGGUUAGUGCUGUUGGAUAGUGCUUCAUUGUGGCUACGGAUGAUUUGUAGAAUAUAUAAUCCAGAAUGUAUCAGACACUUCCUGUGAAUACAAUGUAGUGGUGUUGUCGACGGAUUGGUUGGUUUCAGUGUCCAACUGAACAGGAAUGAUCCAGGCCCAGUUGUGAAAGGAAACCUGGUGUGCCAGAAACAUGUUAUCAUGAGUUUGAAUCCCAGAUUUGCCCUGGUCAUUUGUAGUUAUGUCCACCAUACCCAAGCUUGUGGUCUUCACCAAGUGAUAAACAUCAAAGACUU